UCACUUGGUGCUUCCACUUUCCAGCAUCAAAUGGCAAGCCAGACCCCUGGUUUCAUGGUGAUCUUCGUCAUCAGUUCACUAGGUUUCAUCACCCUUUGUAAACCAGUUCUCGGCUUCAUAAAAUGGGUGUGGGUCAUGUUCGUCAGGCCACCAAAGAACCUCCGACAUCACUACGGUUCAUGGGCUAUAGUCACCGGCUGCACCGAUGGGAUCGGGAAAGCCCUGGCGUUUCAACUGGCGUCCCACGGUCUAAAUCUACUCUUGGUGGGACGAAACCAUUUGAAACUCGAAGCCACCGCCGACGCCAUACGUGAAAGAUUUGGCGAACAAGUAGAGACCAGAAACGUCGUUGUCGACUUAGCAGAAACCAGCGGCGAAGAUAUAUUGAAGACGAUGGAGGGCGUUAUUGAAGGGCUGGACAUCGGAGUUCUUGUGAACAACGCCGGCUUGGCAUAUGAAGGUGCGAAGUUUUUCCACGAGGUGGAGUCGGAGGUGGUGGAGAGUAUUAUAAAGGUGAAUGUAGAGGCGGCGACUUGGAUUACUAAAGCGGUGGUUCCGAUUAUGGCGAAGAAAAAGAAAGGUGCAAUCGUCAACAUCGGCUCUGGUUCUUACGGUGGCUUCUGUUCUUACCCUUUAUACACCAUUUAUGCUGCUUCAAAAGCAUACCUUACAAUGUUUUCAAGAAGCAUCAACAUGGAAUACAAGAAAACUGGAAUCCAUAUUCAAUGUCAGAUUCCAUUGUUUGUUGCCACGAAAAUGACGAAAUUCAGGCGAUCUUCGUUGUUCAUCCCAUCAGCCGAGACGUUUAGCAAAGCAAGCAUACGGUGGAUAGGUUACGGGGAGCAUCUGUGUGUACCUUAUUGGCCACAUUCUUUGCAGCGUUUGCUGUUGAAAUUGUUGCCGGAUAGCUUCAAGGAUCGUUGUGUUUUCCUUUACUUUCUGGGGAUGCGGAAGAGAAUGAUGAUGAGAGAUUCUCGGAAACUAAGACCAAACAUCAACCACAACCACACAAAUACUUGAGUUAUUGGUCCCAUGUAGGUUUUAAUACGAGGAGAU